ACAACGCAUGCGCGUUGGUGCAAUUCCUUAACGCCACAUCGACUGUCUAAAUGUGCUGGCUGGAGUUCUGGUGUAAUCUGCGGGAAAUCCUGUCAAUCUUUUAAUAACUACUGUCUGCCAUUAGAGGCUAAUCAAGCAGAUUUAGAACAUUACACUGUAUAACUACAGCAUGCCAGUAUUCAAGCUGUGGAGGGCCAACCGCCUUGAAAAAAAGAUGGCUGUGGCGAACACAUAUGAAGAACUCUGCGAAAAAGCUAAAGUGAAGCUUGGGAUGGCAAGAAUUGAGGGAAUCGUGCUGGAGGAGGAUGGUACUGAAAUCGACGACGACGAGGUUCUGCUGGAAUGUAGCAAUUCUACCUUGAUGGUUUUAGAGGAGGGAGAGCACUGGGAAUUGAGGGGUGAAGCAGAGCAAAAAGUGGAAAAUCGACAUUUGACAGGUGCAGCAGCUGGAGGAGAUGGCGAUAACUUCAGACUCCAAGAAACUGAACAAAGUCCACAAAAUGCUAAUGACACUGAACGGCGGAUUACUGCAGGAACGCCACUACCACCUUUCAGCCAAAGAGUACUACGACACCUAGAGAUUGGCAAGGAGUAUGUGAUCUGGAAAGAACUGAUCUCAGAAGCUGCCAAUUACUAUCUUACAGAAUUUCCAACCAUCAACUCCUCCACCGAGUAUGCCAAGAUUGGCCAGAAAAUAUACUCGCAGUACCCUACAAUACGACGUGAAGGGGAACACCAGUGGUCCUUCUUCACAAAAUGUCUCAGUCAGAAAAUUCGGCACAUCAGAUGGCAACAGAAAAAGAAGACGAAUCCAAAAACAGAACCAGAUCAAGGAAAGGUAAAGAGAACCAAUGUGAAUGAUCAGGCGGGAAUGGCAAAACGAGCGCGAUGUGCUCAAAUGGCUCAAGAAAACACUGUGACAGAUGACAGUGCAGAUCAGUGUCUCAAGGAACUGUCAAAAGAGUGGACCAAGCCUGCAGAAAAAAGGUGCUUGGGACAUAUCCGUCUUCUGCUGGAAAAGACAUUUGCAACGAAUCAAAAAUGGAUAAUGUCUCUUCCUGAUGCCCAAGUAGAGCCCAUAUUGAAGCGAAUCCCAUGCUACAGUGAUGGAAGAAUGAUCCUCCAUGACUUUCAGCUCGUAAGAGGACGUGACUCAUUAGAUGAACUGGAAUCUUGUCUUCAAAAGUUCAUGAGAGCCAUUGAAGAACUCAAGAGUACUGGCAGCAAAGAGGGACCACUGGAAUUGCUUCCCCUUAUCCAGUACAUCGAAAAAAAGACGGCAUUUGACAGGGGAAAAGGGAGUAAAACUGAAGCUGUCAUCUCAAUAAAAAAGGAAGUUCCGGAUGAGGACGUAGAAGCCCACAUGACAAGUGGCAAGAAAGAGCCGCCUCGACUGGUCAUCUUUGUUACCGGAGAGGAAGAUGUGACUGGAUGUUUCAUCGUAUCUGAUGAGGUCACAAUUGAUUGCAAAGUUACCAAUCUCACCAAGGCAUUCAUGCAGCUUAUCGCUGCAUACUACGUUUUCAACCUCGAAUAUCCGAAGAUGUAUUCGCAGCUGCUGGGUCUAGUGCAGAGCUAUGUGCUCAAGGAACCAUACAACGGCCAAAAGAGUUCCAAGUAUAGAAACUUUGAGGUUCUCCUCCGACAGCAGUUGGGGAUGCAGUAGAUUUAGACAGCCUUGGGUAUUUUGAAGUGGCACUGUAUAACACAUCAGUCUUUGCCGGAUCCUUGCAUCUAUUUUUCCAUAGCUUACAUUUGAAUACACUGAUUUUAUGAUUUUUGGUUUUCGGUCAUAAUGAUUCUGAAAUGGUAUCUGGCAAGUGCCCUCAGCCACUGAUAAACGGGAAAGAAUUGCUAUUUCGAAAGUUCGCCGCUAUAUCGGACAGCUUUAUUUCCUUAGAUAUACAUCUUUGACCGCAGGUGAUUCUCGAUGUUCAAAGGCCAAAAAAAAAUCAUGCUUUUU